UCCUUUUUUAAAGAUAAUUUUGUAUAAAAAUUGUCAUGAAGAAUGGUUUAGUUUCAAGCACUGUAACUAGCCAGGUGUUUUACUGAAAAAUAUAGGCCUAAUAUGAAAGCAGAUCAGCGGAUGUAAAGAAACGGAUAAUGCCAUUUAUCGUGUUUAUAUACCUAAAUAAGUAAAAACCAUUCAUCCUGAAAGCCUUUGUUGAUCAUUUAAAAGCCAGGGGUAUCGUGUGCAGAUACACGUGAGGGUUUAUUGAUCGUAGUCAACCGUAAGCUGUAAAAUACCCGAAUUACUCCUUGCAUUGUGCACGGUGGAAGACGAUUGGAUUGUUUGGAAAGUGGGUGUUUCUAAACACUGUUAUGUAACUUUAAAAAACGUGGCAAUGGAACUGAGUUAUGAAAAUAUACAAAUUUGAUUCCAGUGCUCUUAAUUGUGGUCACAUGCUAGGAAAUCGAUAAUUAACAGAGUCGCCUACAGGUAGGAAGCAGAAGAAAGUGCUGAAGAAAAUAUACCUGUGGACUCGGUUCAUAGUGACUAUACAGGAUGACUAUGCAUCAAGAGAAGCCCAGCACGAAUGGGACCACCAAUCAUGCCAAUGGCCACAUACCUGCAUCAAAGGAGGAGAAGAAACCCAACAUACUGCAGAGGGCAGCUAAUGGUAUCAUCUGGUUCUUUGAGACUGGGUUCGAAAAGAUUGGUACAUUUCUGGCGACACACCCUUGGAAGACACUUCUCAUCACAGCAGCCAUUGUUGGUCUUUUCUGUAUAGGACUUAUGAAUUUUGGCGAAAAUGAGGACAACAGUGUGAUUUGGGUCCCAUCCGAUUCAGACCUUAUGGACCACAAAAAAUAUGUAGAAAGCGUAUACCCAUCAACGACAAGAUUUUUCUACUUAAUACUUGUUGCCGACAAUGUGAUGGAUCCUUCUACAAUGACAAGUGUUUACAAAAUCUAUGAUACCAUAAGAAAUGUUACCUCAGACUCAGGAAAUGAUUAUUCAUCAAUAUGUCUCAAGUCUAAUGGAAAUUGCCUGGUAACUAGCGUAUUGGAGCUGUGGUCAUACAGUAGUGCUACCAUCAGUGGUCUUAAUUCAGGAACGAUUCGAUCAGACGUAAACACUAUAACGACCAGUCCCAUGUACUCAUCCCCAUGGGAAGCCACAAAGUAUCUGGGAGGGAGAACAGUGUCUGGAUCAACCAUAACAGCUGCCAAGGCGGCCUACAUCACCUAUUAUAUUGAUGCAACAGAUGAUAUUAAUAAAACAGCUGCAGAAAAGUGGGAAGAGAAAGCUGUAGAAACAGCCAAAAAUCUUCAGGAAGCAGGAAUCCAGGUGUAUUAUUUUUCUUCUUUCAGUCGGAGUGAAGAAGGAGGUGGAGCUAUAAGAAAGGACGUGUCUCUGUUAUCAGCUGGCUAUGUCCUUGUGAUUGUCUAUCUGUUCAUUGUCUUUGGGAGACUGAACUGUGUCGAACAAAGGAUUGGUCUAUCCCUAGCCGGCAUCAUUGUGAUCGGAAUGUCUAUAGGGUUUUCUUUUGGAUUUUCCAGUGCUGCAGGCUGGAAAUACGGACCACUUCACUCCAUUUUACCCUUCUUACUUCUUGGUAUAGGAGUAGAUGAUAUGUUUGUCAUUGUGGGCUCAUACCAGAGUCUCAGUCACCAUGAACUCGGCCUGCCCUUGCCCCAGAGGAUGGGGAAGCUGUUACGACAUGCUGGGGUGUCCAUUCUCGUGACGUCAGUCACAGACAUCCUGGCUUUUGGCAUAGGUGCUACCACAACCUUGCCAGCUUUGAAAUCCUUCUGUGUUUUUGCCUGUAUUGGAAUUCUGGGUCUGUUUGGACUGUCUACCACGUUUUUUCUGGCGGCGUUUACUCUGGAUAUCAUGAGAACUGAGCAGGGCCGCAAUGCAUGUAUCUGUUGUUACAAACACAAACCUGACUACAAGCCAAACAACUGUAGUCAAAGAAACCUGUUCAACAUAUUUCUACGCAAAUACUACACACCUGUUGUUUUGAAGCUACCUGUUAAGAUUGUGGUUGUGGUGGUUUCAGUAGCACUAUUAGGACUCAACAUUUAUGGGUUCUACAGCCUCAAACAAGACUACAAUGAAAACUGGUUCUUUCCAAGUGAUUCUUAUGCUUACGAAUUCAACGAGAAGAAGGAGGCCUAUUUUCCAGGAGGGGGAGCCCGUGCCGCUGUCUACUGCAAAAACAUAGACUAUUACGGUUCCAAAACAAAAUUUGAUAAUCUGUACAUGCAGCUGAACAGCAGUCAGUAUUUAGCCACAGGUUCCUUGGACAGCUGGUUCCAUUCCUACACAGCAUGGCUAGGGACUAACCCAGGGGCUGCGGCAGGCAAACUGGAUGCUAAUUUGUAUCCAAAUAGUGAGGCUAACUUUGUGGAUUUGUUGUAUACUUUUGUGACCACGGAGGCUUCAGGAAUACGACAUGCAAGGGAGGUGAUGUUUAGCGGUAGCUCAGGAACACGGGACAUUACUACAACUUACAUAUCAUACCAGCACCUGACUUAUAGCACUGCUGCAGAUGAAAUUGUGGCCAUGGAGGCUAUAGAGUCCAUGGUCAGUAAGAUUUUCUCCGAGUCGGAAUGCUUCCCAUAUGGCAGACUUUAUCUUCAGUGGUAUACAAACAAAGUGAUAAAAAGUGAGCUGUUCAGGAACUUGGGCUUGGCUGCAGCCUGUGUGUUUGUGGUCACUCUGAUCCUUAUAGCCAAUAUUUGGACCAGUAUUCUUGUCUUCUCUUGUGUCAUCAUGACCCUGGUGGAUGUAGCUGGUAUCAUGCACUUCUGGGGUCUGUCUAUCAACAUUGUGUCCUGUAUCAACCUUGUCAUUGCUAUUGGUCUGGCUGUAGAUUACUCUGCUCACAUCGGUCACUGCUUUAUGACAUUUGUCGGAGACAGAAAUGAGCGUGUGAGGGCAACAUUGGUAGAGAUGGGAAACCCAGUCUUCAGUGGAGGUUUCAGCACGUUUCUAGCCUUCAUUCUUCUAGCAGCCAGUAAAAGCUACGUGUUCACCACAUUUUUUAAGAUAUUUUUCCUGGUGGUGAUAUUUGGCCUCUUUCAUGGACUCGUAUAUCUGCCAGUAUUAUUGUCGUGGAUUGGACCCUCGGCGUACACCAGCGCUGACAGGCGUUAUAAAGGCGACGACCCGGAAUCUGGAGAGGAAAAUAAAGAUUCCAAAUUACAAGGCCACGAUAACCUUGCCAUGAAAACUACAAUAAGUAAUGGCUACGUAUCAGAACCUCCUCCGGAUUACCAGCAGACAGACUUACCGUACAUCCCUCCCCCAGACUACACCCCUCCCUCAAAGCCCCGGGGACAGGCCAACGGAAGAACCCCCCAGGCAAACGGCAGGAUAACCCCUAUCAGUACGUAACGGAAUCUUGCCAAUUCUGCUACAUCUGUGAUAUAAUUUUUUUGUUAACAACUGUCGUUAAUUCAGAGAUUACUACAAUGUGCCAGUGAGUUUGCCUGCAUUUUAAAGAGAUUAUUUUAUGCCAUUUUGUUGUACGUGUUUGUAUAUUGUUUUUGUAAGGUAUGUUGAUUUGUCUUAUAUCUCAGUCCCAAUUGUAACGCUACAAAUAUGUCUGUCCAUCAUGUUUUGUUGUCUCCCUU